UAUCACGCUCAUAAGCGGAAGUUUAAAGUUUAAAUUUGACUAAUGUAGUUGUAUAUCUAAACGUAUUGCUUUUGUCUACUUCCUUUUCACGACGUGCUUUCCAAAAUGCAGAAGAAACAAAAAGAACCAAUUCAAUCUGUGCAAGUCUUCGGACGCAAAAAAAGUGCAACUGCAGUUGCUUAUUGCAAACGAGGCCGUGGAAAUCUUCGAGUUAAUGGACGUCCAUUGGAAUUAGUUGAACCUCGUGUAUUGCAAUACAAAUUACAAGAACCUAUUUUAUUACUCGGCAAAGAAAAAUUUUCUGGAGUGGAUAUCAGAGUAAGAGUAAAUGGUGGUGGUCAUGUAGCACAAAUUUAUGCCAUUCGACAAGCUAUUUCUAAGGCUCUUGUAGCAUAUUAUCAAAAAUAUGUUGAUGAAGCAAGUAAAAAGGAAGUAAAAGAUAUUCUUAUUCAAUAUGAUCGCACUCUUUUGGUUGCUGAUCCAAGACGAUGUGAACCAAAGAAAUUUGGUGGUCCAGGUGCAAGAGCAAGAUAUCAGAAAUCUUAUCGUUAAUAUCUACAAAUUUCACAUUACAUUUUAUUUGUAUUAUUGAAUAAAAUAUAUAAAAAAAAAUUGUUGUGUCCUUUUAUAUAUUUUCAAAUUUUUGUAUAUUGAAAUUUUUUUUCAAUUGAAUUUUUCAAAUAAUUGUAAACAAAAAUUUUAAAAAUUUUUAGUUUUAUAUUAGAAAAAUAUAACCUGACAAAAAAUAAUUCACGAAAUUUUUAAAUUUUUAUUUUCAGAAAUAAUUUUUUACGAAAUAAUAUGUAUUUAAGAAUAAAUAAUGUUCAUAUAAAUUAAAAAAA